UUCUAUUUUCAUAUUGGACAGCCACAGCUUCGCCUGUGUACAACCAUUCAGGAGGAAUUUGGCUAGCUACGAAGGACAUUAAAUAUGAAAAGGGCGCCCAGGAAACCUCUGUUCGUUGAAAAGGACUGUUGGUAGUCAUCACAUUCUACUAACGUUACGGUAAACCACUUUAUAUUCAUAAAAGAUCCCAGGAAGCAAGAGCCUACUGAUGACUUGCUAACGUUAGCUAGCAAGCUAAGUUGCUUGCCUGGCCAACCACAAAAACCGUUUCAUAGCAGUUAAAUUGAACAUAUUAGCCUACUGGUUAUCAACCUUACAUUGCUUAAAAGACCCCGACUUUCCAAGGCAAAAUGCCGCUGGGAUUGAAACCAUGCUGUGCGGUGUGCAAAACAAAUUCGUCCUCUAUGUGGAAGAAAGGAAAUCAGGGGGAAAUUCUGUGCAACAACUGCACAGUGAAGAGCUCAAUCGGUGGAUCCUCCGGCCCGUCAGCAUCCUCCAACGUACAACAGAAUAAUGGUGGAGGAAAACAGUCGAAACAGGAGAUCCACAGAAGAUCAGCACGAUUGAGAAGCACAAAGUACAAGGCACCAGCUUCUGAGAAGAAGGUCUCGACUAAAGGAAAAGGCAGAAGACACAUUUUCAAACUGAAAAAUCCAAUCAAAGCUCCGGAGUCCGUUUCAACAAUCAUAACAUCAGAGUCUAUCUUUUACAAGGGGGUGUACUAUCAAAUAGGGGACGUCAUCAAAGUCGUAGACGAAGAUGAUGGAAAGCCAUACUUUGCACAGAUCCGUGGGUUUAUUCAGGACCAGUAUUGUGAGAAGAGCGCUGCAUUGACAUGGCUGAUCCCCACACAGGCCAGUCCAAGAGAUCACUUUGACCCAGGCACAUACAUCAUUGGACCAGAAGAAGAUUUGCCAAGGAAGAUGGAGUACCUUGAGUUCGUUUGCCAUGCGCCUUCAGAGUACUUCAAGUCAAAGAGCAGUCCAUUUCCAACCAUGCCUAUACGUCCCGAGAAAGGCUACAUUUGGACACACAUUGGACCUACCCCUACUGUUGCAGUCAAGGAAACAAUUGGUGGAGGCAACUAGUGUGUUUUUUUAAUAUAACAGAAAGGACGCACAUCUGCCUAUGAAGGUGUAUCAUUGACCUGAAUUAAUGAAAGUACUGGACAGCAAACACUGUGUCAUGUGUGUUCACAGUAUUAUUUAUACACUUUUUUACAGAGUGACAUAAAAUGACUUUUAACAUUGGGAUCAGUGUUUUGGAAGGUUAAGAGGUGCCAUAAACCUGAAGACAUGGUGCUGUACAGACUUCUCCGUUGAAGUCUUUUUAAAAUACUGACUUUUGUAAUGGAUGUUUUUUUAAAAUAGGUAGAAUAUAUGGACAGUCAAUAUCUGAUAUUUUGUUGUUUUGUGAAACAAAAUAAAUAGUAUGUCUGGUCCUUUAUGCAUAGAUGGA